UCAUUUCACUUAAGAAAGAAUCAAUAAAGUGUCCCACAGCUAUGAGAACUCCAGGAAAACCCUGUAAAAGUCCUUUGCUAAAGACAUCACAACAUCUAUUGUAACUCGUUAUGCGUUACGUUAUGUGGCUUGAGGGACGCUCCCCCCGUAACGCUCCGUUUGGGUCGAUCAGCUGAACUUGAAAUCGCUACUUAAUCGCACAUCUUCCAACCGAUCUUCCAUUAGAACAUGGGCUGGCGUUCUGGCCUGUGCGCCCUGCAGCACACCAACACAACUACCGGUGUCUGUGUUCGGGCCUAACAAUGGCCGCCCGUUACGACACUCUCGUGGUGCAACAUGUGACUUUCCGGUGCAUGACAAUGAAAGACACCGGUGGCGGUGGUGGUGGUGGUAUAGGGUGUGUUUUUAUGGAGACUACCCCCACCACUACCGGACCCUUCAGCUACCCCCCACUCAGCACACACACCGAGGGAUGGUGUUGGACGGGGUGCUUACCAUACCACGUAAUCGAUCGUGUGUGCUGCUAUAGGCUCACUAAGUGUCUUACACCGUGAGGAGGUAUGCGUAACGCUAGCCCCGGCGCGCUGUUUGCAAUCGCUCGCUCACACGUUCUACGCCAUGCUGUUCCCAUCGUUCCCUCCCCAAGUUCUACACUUCACCCGGCUGGACUUUCAUUUUGUACACCGUGGCUCUCUGUGUGUGUGUAUGUGUGUGAGGGUUUUUUUUCUUUCAACUGCAGUAAGUCCCCAGGGUAGAGAAGGAACGGAAGAGCCCCCGCGUUGUACACUUUGGUCAGCAAAAUCGAGGGCAAAUUUGCUCCAUUCCUGGGUGAUCCGGACAAAAAAGGGAAAAGAGAAGCAGCUUAGAGUUUGAUAUGUGUGUGUGUGUGUUAUGAUGAUGAACGUUUGCCGCUUACGCAUACCACCCUCUCCCUCUAGUGAGCUUCUCUGGCAGCAAUCGAAAGGCAGUAUUGCCUGCCUAGAAACUAGUCAACGGUCGUACAGUGGCCGUAACGGAUGUGCAUUCAGCACCCUCAAAGCAAAGUGUAUCCUGGGUGCAAUUUUCUAGCUUAGUUUUCAAGUGAAUACAAUCCAGAUAGCACAGCCAUUAUUAUACAUCAGCAUGUGCUAUAUUGUAAUUUGACUAAGCAGAACCAGACAUACGGUAGCCGCGUGCCGAGGUGCAGUGCAGUGCGUUUUAAUGUUUAACAGUGUACCGUACAAUCCCGAGUGCGAAGUGGUCGUACGCUUACGACAAACACAUAACUCUAGUGUAAUUUUACACUAGUGAGUGAGCAGUGAUUUUUAUUUUCAGGAAGAAACGAUAGUGCAAGCAAUAGAAAUCGCCUGAUCAGGGCAGCACACAAAAUGUCCACCACCGGCAUGGAGAACCUUGAGGGUGCGGACUCGACGCACAACACCAAGGUGUCCGAUUCCGCUUACUCCAACAGUUGCAGCAACAGCCAGUCGCAAAGGAGCGGCAGCUCCAAGUCACGCCACAGUGGCAGCAACUCGUCCGGCAGCAGCGGUUACGGCGGCAAGGCGUCUACGCAGGCCAGCAGCAUUGCGCCGCUGCCCCAGGCGGCAGCCAAGCGCACCAAGGACAAGGAGCGCAAGAAGAAGAAGCUAAAGACGUCCACCGACAGUGGCACCGUACCGGCACCGAACGGUUCCGCCGGUCCCGGUGGCGUUACGGCCGGCACGGCACCAAACGCAGCCGGCACGGUUGCCAACGCGAACGCCGUCAGCGAUGUCGAGCAGCAGACGCUGGCAGCCGGUGGCUGCGGUGAGCCAGAACCAAUGGAAACGACCACCGGCAAUUCCUCCGUCGCCAGCGUAUCGGGCGAGCUGGGUGCCGUUGGUGCCGGAGCUGGAGGAAUGCAGUCGGCGAGCCACGGUGGCGAGUCGAAUGAGCAUCACGAGCUGGGCCCGGUCACCGGGGGCAAUGGGACAGCCGAGCUGGUCAGCGUGGAGGUGGCGGCCGCAGCCGCCGUGGCGCAGAUUAUUAAUGAAGAAAACACUAAAGAUGACCGCAAACACCUGUCGCAGGAACAGCUGCAUCGUGCGGGUGGUGGUGGAACGCAUGACGGUCGGCAGAAGAGUCUGGUCGCGCAAAGCAUUCUGCCUGGGCCGGCGCCACUACCAGCCGGUGUAGCCUCGAUCGUGAACUCGAUCGCGACCGGUGCCGGACUAAGAACUGGCACCGUGUCCAGCAGUGGCACACUGCUGGGAGUGGUACAGCAGCAGCAGCAGCAGCAACAACACCAACAGCAGCAACAGCAACAGCAUCACGGUGGGUUAAAUCAAUGCCAACAGAAGCAAACGCAGCAUCAUCAUCAUCACCAUGGCGCCCAUCAACAUCCCAAGCAGCAGCAUUCCUCCAUGCAGGAUCCAUCGCUGGCGAACCAAAAGCAUGUGCCACAGCAGCACUCUGCCCAACAGCCACAUCAUCAACAGCAGCAGCCGCUGGAUAAGCAGCACCUGCAACCCCAACAGCAGCCGCAGCAGCAGCAGCAGCAGCAGCAACAACAACAACAGCAAGCCCAACCACAAUCAAACACUCCGCGCACCAACAAGCCGGACGUGGAGGAUGGCUUCUGCUGUGUUAUCUCGAUGCACGACGGGGUCGUGCUGUUCACCACGCCGAGCAUUACGCACAGCCUCGGCUUCCCCAAGGACAUGUGGCUCGGCCGAUCGUUUAUCGACUUUGUGCACCCGAAGGAUCGAGCCACGUUUGCGAGCCAGAUCACGUCCAAGGUGGUGGUGCCGCUCGGCGAAUCGAAAAGCGGCCAGAAGGACCAGAAAAACUCACUGUACGUGAUGCUGCGCAAGUACCGGGGGCUCAAGACGGCCGGCUUUGGCGUUACCAAAACGACGGUCAACUACGAACCGUACCGGCUGGUGCUGACGUUCCGCGAGGCACCGGCGGAGAAUGCGGAGAUCAUGAGCGGCCGCAGCAUACUGCUCAUCAUCUCGGCCACCCCGGUCAAGAGCGUGUACAAGGAGCCGAACGAGUCGCUGUGCGAGCGGGACCUAAAGUUUAGCACGCGCCACACCACGUCCGGGGUGCUGAGCUACGUCGAUGGCAAUUCGGUCGAAUCGAUCGGCUACCUGCCGCAGGACAUUCUAGGGCGCUCCGUCAUGGAGCUGUACCAUCCGGACGAUAUGCCGAUCCUGCGCAAGGCGUACGAAACGGUCAUGGUGAAGGGGCAGACGGCCGGGGCUUCGUUUGUCAGCCAGCCGUACCGGUUUCUGGUGAACAACGGGUGCUACAUCGUGCUGAGCACCGAGUGGACCAGCUUCGUGAAUCCGUGGUCGCGCGAGCUGGAGUUUGUGAUCGGGCACCAUCGCAUCCUGCAGGGGCCGUCGAUAGCGGACGUGUUUGCCGUGUCGCCGUUCUACUGCCAGACGCAGAACCAAUUCUCCGACGACACGCUCAAGGAGGCGAAGAUGGUGGAGGAGCAGAUACUGCGUCUGCUGAAGGAACCGGUCGCCAAGCCGUCCGACAUGGUGAAGCAGGAGGUGUCGAAGCGAUGCAAGGCGCUCGCCUCGUUCAUGGAGGAGCUGAUGGACGAGGUGGCCCAGCCGGAGCUCAAGCUGAACCUGCUGAACGAGUCGGACUUUACGUUCUCGGAGCGGGACUCGGUGAUGCUGGGCGAGAUAUCGCCCCACCACGAGUACUUCGACAGCAAGAGCUCGUCGGAGACGCCGCCGAGCUACAACCAGCUGAACUACAACGAGAACCUGCAGCGGUUCUUCGACAGCCGGCCGGCCAUGAACAUCGAGGAGCAGAUGAAGAUGGACUCGUCCGGCGGCACGAACACGGAAACGAUCGGGGACGAGCAGCAGUCGCACGCGGUCAGCCCCAACCAGCGCGGGUUUAGUGCGAGCGGCGGCGGGGGCAGCGGCGGGUCGGCGGGAAAUUUUAGCUCCGAAAGCAACGCGCAGAUGGACAGCACGACCAACACGACCAGCAACACGGGCGGGACGGGCGGGACGGGCACGUCGUCCGGCGGCGGGGGCAGCUUCCAGCCGCCGACGCUGACGGAGGAGCUGCUCUGCAAGCACAACGAGGACAUGCAGAAGGUGAUGCUGAAGAAGCACCGGGAGGCGCGGAUGGUGGCGCGCGGCACCGACAAGAACAAGAAGGGCCCCCCGGACAAAGCCGGGUACGGGGGCGGCGCGGUCGGGCACGGGGUCAAGCGGGGCUCGUCCCACUCCUGGGAGGGGGACGCACACAAAACGAUCAAGCACCAGCACAACCCGGACGGGGGCGGUUGCUCCGCGAUGCUGCAGCAGCAGCAGCAGCAGAAGAUGGGCCCGGUGGCGCCACACGCCUUGCAGCAGCAGCUGCUGAUACAGCAGCAACACCAGCAGCUCCAACAGCAGCAGCAGCAGCAGCAGCAGCAGCAGCAACAACAGCAAGCUCAACAGCAGCAACAGCAACUGCAGCAGCAACAGCAGCAACAGCAGCAGCAGCUUUACCAGCAAACGAACAUGCACAUGCACUACAAGACGCAGCACGUCUCGCAACAGCUGCAGUACCAUCACGCACUACAAGGCCAGGGGUCGGCCGCACUGCAGCAGACGGGCGGAGGGAUGCAAACCCACCUCCAACAGCAGCAGCUGCUCCAUCAUCAACAGCAUCAGCAGCAGCAGCAGCACCAGCAGCACCAGCACCUUUCCCAUCCCGCGCCUAGCCAGCAGCAGCAGUAUCCGUACCAAAGCCCGUACCACAACAACGGUCCGGUGCAGUCGACCGUCGCGGGCGAAAGCCUCCUCGCCGGUGGGAGCAACCAACGCUCCACCUUCACGACACCCUCGAUACUGGCGCCCCAGAUGGCGUACGGGGGAGCACACACCACCGGCAGCAGCCUGACCGGGCGCACCGGCGACCUCUGGCCACCGUUCAGCGUGAGCGUCACGACGAUGCAAGCGUCGGCCGGGGCCGGUUCCAGUGCCGCCAGCUUCGUACCAUCGCACAGCAUAUUUCCCACCCUGUACUACAUCCCGGCGGCGGCGGCGGCCGCAACGGCCGCACCCCAGCCCGCCCCGAUCACCGUACCGUACAUGGCGGCCGGUGUCAUGUAUCCGCAUCCGCAGCUCUACCACCAGCAGUCGCUCCUGUACCCGCCGAUGAUGUACCACGCGAUGCCUUACCAGCCGCUUCCACCACCGUGCGGGCUUGACAGUGACACCCGAAAUCAUCAACACCAGCAGCACCAGCAACAGCAGCAACAGCAGCAGCAGCAGCAACAGCAGCAGCAGCAGCAACAACAACAACGACAGCAACAACAGCAGCAACAGGCACAACGACUUCAACCCCAGCCCGGCCACACCACGUCGACUGGCGGUCCCGGGCCAGCAGCCCCCGGCGGGAUGGCGGUCGGUCUCGGACAACCGGCGACCGGCGGUCAGCCUUCCGCACAAUCAGCCGAGGUGCCAGGUGUGCCGACCAACGCUGGCAGUGGUGGUGGCAAACAUCCGGCACACAUGACCGUGCCACCGUCGGCCGGUAGCGGUUCCCAAUCGCAAACACCCUUCCAGCGUCCGUCCUCGCAGGCCACUUCGGUCAAAGCGGAACCGGGUUCGGCAUUGGGCAGCAUCGCGUCCGCUUCGAUCGUCGUCAAUCGGGCUUUUUCGGAAUCAUCCAAGAAGGAUCUCACCGAUUCACCGCUCAUCUCCAACGUCGACUGCACGGACUGUGCGCUGGACGAGGUGCACGACAAGCACUGCGAUACGACCGCGUCCGGCAUUGACCGGCGGGUGAAUGGCGCUGGCACACGGCGCACCGGCUCCGGCCAGGUGGAUAAGCUCCCGAUGGGCACCGGGAUCGGUGGCACGGCCGGCAACAACGGUGGUGAUCGCGAUGGAGGAGGUGGUGGCGGUGGCGGCGUCGUCGGACUGGGCGAGGUCAGCGACGAUAUGGACGAGUCCAGCUUUUCCAGCUUCUACUCGAGCUUCCUGAAGACGGACAACUCGUCCGAGGGACAGAACGGUGCGGAGCGGAAAGAAUCGAGCGAGAUGUGCUGGGAGAGUGGUUCGAACAAUGCCACGUCCACCACCAACCGGAUGCACGUGGAUGGCGACGGGUCCGGCAAUCAGGCUGCGCGUGACCGGGGCGGCAAUGGGAGUGGGGCGGGCGACGGUACGGGCACGCUGGUGCGGCCCAGCGGUGCCAAGCGGCGCCCCAAUCCGCCCUGGCUCGAUAACGUCUGCCAGACAAAGGAUCUCAUCUAUCGGUAUCAAAUUAACGAACGGUCGCUCAAGGAGCUGCUGGAUUCGGAUAAUUUGGCGUUGAAAAAAAUCAGCCAGCCCAUCCUGGUAAACGAUCAGCUGGGUCAGCUGUACCUGGAUCUCGAGCUGGAGGGCCUGUCGGCGAAGCUGUCGCUGAGCGAGGCGACCUCCGGCAGCAGCAGCGACGACUGCGACACCAAGGACAAAGCCAAAGUGAACAAGCGCAACAUGAAGUACAGCAAGCUGGUGAUGAUCUACGAGGAGAAUGCACCGUUUCCACCGCCGAACGAUUCGGAACCGUAGUUCCGUGCAUGCCGCCAUGGCCGGCAGUGGUCUAUGCCAGUAUUCUAGUUUCCGCGUUCGAUUCCGCGGUUACACACAGAGAGAUGCACCUAAUACAUACAACAAAGUGAGGAUGAUAAUAUAGAUAGAUAAAAAGUGGGAAGAGGAAGAAGCUAGAGAGAUUGUUACGGGGUGGGGAAAGAUCGCUUUUGUGCAUUUGAUGCAUUUUUUUACAACAAAAGACAAAUAAUGUUUUAGAAAAUCGUACGUUCCUAAACGUUAGGUUACCUUUGUAUGGAAGAGUUUUAAAUAGUACUAAGUAUUCAAUAAAACAAGUGUCAUUUUUAAACGUA